AUGACUCCUUCAGACGAAAAUACAGCAAGACAAAGCCAAAAGGAUACGAUCACAGAAAUGAAAAUUCCCGAGAAUGCUGAAUGCAACACCAAUGAGAAGAUCCAGAACAGCACUGAGGGACCUAAACUAGACAACAGGACAGAGAAAAAUAACGUAAUGAAGAGGGAGUUGUCGCAGGAGUCAGACCUGGAGGAGAGGCAAAACACUAUCCAAGGCCAAGUGAAGCCAGGAGUCCAACAACUUAAGGGAAAGAGGUCCCAGCAGGACAGCCAGGGAAACCGAGCCACGUGCAUGUCAGGCAAAGCAAUCACGAGCAGGGGGCAAGCCAACAGUCAACAAAUCAUAAAUGCCCCCUCGAAGACUAAGGCUCCUCAGGGGGGAAGAAUAAGCCCCAAAGAUGAGGAGAGGAGAAUAACUCGAACUCUCAGUGAUGCUUCAGAAAUUGACCCGGAGUCUUGGGGGCACAAAUGGAGGCCAAAAGGGACCCCCCAGGGGAAAAAGGGGAAGAGGAUGACAGAUGGGAACGGCAAGGGAGAGAGACCUAAGAAAUCCGGGAAGGCGGAGGGUCAGAAGAUUCGGACACGGAAGACAGCAGGGAAGGGGAGGAUUCCCAACAGGCAGAAGACGGGAGGCAAGAUUAAGUGGGGAGGGACUGAAAAGCAAAGCUCAAGGGAUCCGAGCCGAAUCAGGAGGGACCCCGACUCAGCAAUGGAAAGGACGUCUGAGACAGUCACCCACAGGCAACAGUCGAGAAUCCUGUUAUGGAUGUAG